AUCUUAAUUUGAUCCAGUUUGCUACAGCAGAACAAUAAUGUUGCAGCAACAGGAAAUAUAAAUUGUUAUGUGGAUUUUAAUUAAUGGACAAUUUUGUAGGGGUUGGUACAUUUUUCGUAUGGGAAAAUCAAGUCGGACAUUUUUAAGUGGAAAUUACAAACGUCAGAAGCCCUUUUAAACCUCAAAUAUACUAAAUGUUUUACAUGUCGUGUAUUGCAGGAAAUGUGUCCUGCAACAGGGUGAUCAAAUUAAAAUCCUACAUCUGUAUGGCUUUGGUUUAAAGAUCAUGUUUAUAUUAUAUUGUGCCUUUUUAUUUGACACUAUACUGCAGUUCAGUGUGGCUUCACACAGUCAAUGUUAUCCUUUGUAUAAUUAACACAAUCCAGGCAUUACACUGAUCUGAUUUCUAAUAUUGUGGUCUUAAUUAGGAUGCCUAUGUGAUGUCUAGUCCUUUUCCCCUCAUUACUUCGGAUCAUAGACUGUUUAACUGUAGGCUCUUCAAUUACCAUAGACGUGCACUAAAUCUGUCAGAACAACUAUCACAACUGAAUAUCUUCUUCUCACACCACUGAGACUGAGAUGUCAUGUUUUUAUUUAUUUUUCAAAUUCACCCUAGCGGCGACCUCAACCGAUUGAUAUUCCUGACAUGCGCAUUACAAACUGCAAUCUGACCACAUAAUCGGGAGAGAACGACAGCGCAGCAGAACCGCAAUGGGAAGGCGGGUGAUUUUAUCAAAUUGAUCAUAAAUCGCUGACAAGAUGUCCGACGCGAGUAGAAAACCCCAAUCGAUACGCAUCUGUACUUAUUGACGUGGACACGAUACACACAGAACCUGCAGAACAACCAAAAGUAAAUACUUUUCCCAAGGGGACGAAGUUUGUUGUGUCGAAGGAAAUAUAAUAGCCCGGUAAAGCAGGGAGAGACUGCGGAAAACUGCCAGAGCGGGGGGACAGUCAGAAUACAAACCCACCCACCCAGUCAGCCAUGGAAGAGUUUGGGUCAGCGUUGGAGAAGAAUGUGGCCGAUUUAACGGUUAUGGACGUGUAUGACAUAGCCGCGGUGGUGGGCCAGGAGUUUGAGCGGAUCAUUGAUCAGUAUGGAUGCGAGGCUCUGUCCAGGCUCAUGCCAAAAGUGGUGCGGGUGCUGGAGAUCCUGGAGGUGAUGGUCAGUAGGAACAGCAUCAGCCCGGAGACAGAGGAGUUGAGGCUGGAACUGGACAAACUACGACUGGACCGGAUGGACCGGCUGGAGAAAGAGAAGAAACAUAAGAAGGAGCUGGAGCUGGUAGAAGAUGUAUGGAGAGGGGAGGCCCAGGACCUGUUGUCUCAGAUCGCUCAGCUUCAGGAAGAGAACAAAACACUCCUUACGAACAUGUCCAUCAAAGACCCCAUGAGUGAAGAGGACCUGCAGAGGCACGAAGGUAUGUCGGAGCGGGAGCGCCAGGUGAUGAAGAAGCUGAAGGAGGUGGUGGACAAGCAGAGAGACGAGAUCCGAGCCAAAGACCGCGAGCUCACGCUCAAGAACGAGGACGUUGAGGCACUCCAGCAGCAGCAGUCUCGUCUGAUGAAGAUCAACCAUGACCUGCGCCACAAGAUCUCUGUGGUGGAAGCUCAGGGGAAAGCCCUCAUCGAGCAGAAGGUGGAACUGGAGGCGGGAGCUCAGGCACGGGUACAGGAAAUGGGAGCACUUCGGCAGGAAGUAACACGUUUAAGGGAGCGCCUGCAAGGAGACACGCCUCAGGGUUUAGAGGAGCCUCCUCCCCAGCCCCCCUCCCCCGCACAGCCUGGUAGCCCCUGCUCCUCAGAGGUGGGGGCUCAGGGUGUGGGCUGGCCAGAACCAGACAGACACUACCACCCUGAGCUGAUGCUGGGGGGGUACGAUCCGGCCCCGCGCCUCCCGUCCCUGGAUGACGAUGAUGAGGAUGUAGAGGAAGAGGCAGUGUUGCUAUGGGAGGCGAUGUGUGAUGAGGACACACCUGCUCUGUUCCAACACUUUACCAAGGAGGCGCUAUGUGAUGAGGAGGGGGGAGGCCUGGACCAGAAGGAUCCCAACAGGCCCCGGUUCACACUGCAGGAGCUGAGAGACGUUCUGCACGAGAGAAACGAGCUCAAGGCCAAAGUGUUCAUGCUGCAGGAGGAGAUCGCCUACUACAAAAGUGAAGAGGCGGAGGACGAGACCGGCCCCCCUACUCCUUCCCCUUCUCCCGAACAACUGAGGGCGCGGCCCCGACCCAACGCACAGCCCGAGUCAGGAAUCAAACGCCUGUUUAGCUUCUUCUCUCGCGACAAGAGGCGGAACUCCCAGCGGAAUGCACAGUUUGAAGACAGCUUCAGCUCGUGGGCGGGAAAGGAUGAGGUGUACACCGAACAGGCCCAGGAGGCUUUGCAGCACAUAUAGGGCACGUUCCUCUGACCGGGCAUUGUUGACGCCUGCCAGAUCUUACAACGCAUGGAUAGGUAUUUUAAGUAUCAGCGAACCACAUCACAUGUUAUAGCAAUCUGUCAGGCGAUGAAAUAGUCAAUGACGUGGCACGCAACCAUUGGUUGAUGCGUGCAACGUCUUACCAGGAGAACGUGACGUCGUAAUUGGACAGCACUUUAUGAUGAGGUCACUCAGAACCAUCUCACUGUAAUGCCCCGCCCAUGCCCACCAUGUGAGCUGCAGCAGCACUUAAGGGACAGUUCGAAAUGUACUGGGGUGGGGAGUUGGUCCAAAAUAGGGGAGGGUUGUCAAACAUAUUUUUUUGCUUUGGGGAGGGUUGUGUGAUUUUUUUCUAUUGGGCACAGGGGAGGGUGGUGUAUUUUUUUCCCUGGUUUACAUUCCCCAUUUAGCAGGUUUUACUAUAUAAUGUCUUCCAUAUAGUCACAUUUCCUCAUCUGUUUGCUUGCACCUCCCCUAUCAAGGUGUUUUGGUACUUCCCUUAUGCAUUACACUUUUCUGCAUGAUUACUAUACAGUCGACUCUAUCCUGCCCUCUAUACAUAGUGACAAUAGUGGAUCUGCAAUAAGUUAACUGGCAAUCAUACCACAUAAUAUCAUUCAAAUCUGCACCGAUUUUCAAUAUAAAUCCACAAGAACAAAAACGAAUAGCUGAUAGGCAGUAGAGACGCCAGGGUCAUCAUUGGGCAGGAAAGAACAGUCAAGACAUGAUAUAUGCAGCUCAAAAAGCUCUCCUAUUCAUCUAGUUUAGGCCAAACACAUUUGAUCUACUAUAUAACUGAUUCCCCUCUUCACAGUUCUAAAAAUAGUCAAACGUUUAAUAAAAUAGUGAUGAAUUUAAUUCAAAUGAAUCGAUUCUUUUAAAUGAUUAUUUUUUUUACUAACUUACUAGAUGUGCUUCGCCAGGUCGCAGUUGUAAAUGAGAACUUGUUCUCAACUGGCCUACCUGGUUAAAUAAAGGUUAAAUAAAAAAUUGUACAGUAGUAGCUGGGGUUAAUUAAAUUGUGGUGAAUCGAAUCAUGGGAAUCAAAAUAAUAAUUUGAGAAUCGCAAAUAGUAAAAGGAAACAAUUUAGCUGUAGCCUUCCUUUCGAAUUGUGUCGAUGCAAAACUCUUUGUUGAUACUUUAAGUUGAUUUGGACAUUCAAUUUAUGGGACGUUGCAACUCAAUAGAAGCUAGUAGUCAGCCUGAAUUACACACUUCUAAUGGGAAGACUAGAAAAUCCGCGGUGCAUGCUGAAACAGUCAUUUACAAUGCUGAAACAGUCAUUUACAACGUUUCCCCCGCAAACCUUCCAAUGAAAUGUUGACUGCAAAAGUAGGCCUGGGCAGAAUGAUAUCAUGAAGAUUGGUAUCAAUCGGGUGCACAUUUGUUUUGCAUACUCUGCCAUCACAUGUGCCGUACAGAAACCUGACAGGAACCCUUCUAGCCUAACACAAAUGGACUGUGAGUGAAAUUUAGCGGGGACAUGACUGGUACCCUGACUGGGACUCAAACCCUGGUUCCUGUGACUGUCAUUCCAAACCCAUUAUACUGUCACAAUCCUCGCUGUAUGAACCAUGAUACAAUUAAUACCAAGUGAGUUAACCAUAUUGGCACGAUGAAUAGGGUGUUUGCCUUUGACGCCAGUGACCGGGUUUCACUUCCUUGUCCUGUUUGCUACAUUCGUGUCAAAAUUGUGAAUACAAAGAGGCUAACAUCUCUUGGUGAGGCCGCUAGGUCUUGUACAAAGUUUUUUUGUAUUAAUCAAUACAACAUUAUUUUUAUUAUGAAUAUAUUUUUAUUCGCUGUCUCGCAUCAAAUUAAUCCAUUAUUCAGUUAAUUACAUGUGUAUGGCCUUGGGGACAAUACAUGAUCCUACCAAGACACCACAAUGCAAUGAUUUUAAGGUCUACAAAGGCACAGUACAAGGACAGUCUGGCGGUGUUUUUACUUCUGAUACUGAUGCGCUCGCUGUCUGUUGCCGUAUCAUUUUCCCCAGCAGGCCCACUUAUUCGGGAAAGCUUAAAGCGCGUUCUGCCUCCUUUCCGAUCUGAUCGGCUAUUCCUCGAACCUAACGCUUCAUUAUAGGCUAAAUAUUUGUCAUUUCAACUUUUAAAACGUAUUACAUUUUAUAUGUGGCAUAACCACAACCAGUCAACAAUGUUUUAAUCUGAUUAGUUUACUUCAAAAGUCUCCUGUAGGCUACCUGCGCAUGUUCAUCCACUCCGCUCUAAUAUAAUUCCAGCAUCCAAACUGCAAGGGACAUUCAAUCUGUUACAAAACCAUAAAAAGUUUCAUGACAUUCGGAGAUUGUCAAGCCAAGCGAUCGACACUGAGUAGGAAGGGGUGUAUUUUCAGUUUGUCAAGAUUUACAUACUCUAUUUGAUUUUGGUGUUGAAAACGCAAUCCAUGAGAAAACGCUCAAAGUCGGCAAUCGGUAUGCAGUUAUUUGUUGCUUAUUGGUUGUGUGUGGUACAUUGGCAAAGAAACGUGUUAGUCUAACAUUUGUUGCAUAUAUUUGAUAUCAUUAGAAAUAUAGCAUCAAAAUGUUGAAAAUCGGAUUUCCCCAUAGCUGAUCAUUGUCUGCAGCCGGCCUCUGAUCGUAGUGUAAUGAGUCAGGCAGGGAGAAGAGUGAGCUUGUGAACCCUCAACCUUCUGGCCAUAGUCCUGCGUGGCAUCGACUGUGCCACAAAACAUGCUGAAUUGGUCAAGUCGAUAUCCAUGUUUAUAAACACAGGGUUGCUAUGGUGGUAAUCAUUUUUGAGUACAUUUUCUGUGGGGGGGUGCAAAUACAUUUUGAACUGUCCCUAAAAGCAUCGUAAUGAUCAGCUUACUUCACAGUACAGCUGAGUACAGCACAUCAGCUUCAAGUGAUAGAGUAAUUCAGUGGUUAGUGUGCAGUAGCGCUGCAUGGGUAAAAUCACUGCAGAAGCCAAGACUGAUUUUUUCCCCCCAUACUACAAUCUAUGCAUUGUGAUAAAUGCGUUGUUUGCUAUACCCUUUUUUCAUGUGCCUUGCGACCGUGAUAUAUAGGCCUAAAGGCCGAGACAAUAAGAAGACACAGUGGCAGAAUAAAUUCAACCACACCUUCGUUUCAUCACAAAACCGGAGAGCAACCUCUGUCCAGUGAAGUCCACAAAGCAUAUUGCACAUAACAAACCGUUAUAUGACCUAUAGCAUGGUCAAGCAAGUUAAUGUUUUCUGACAGUGUCGGACCACUAAACAACUAUUGAUUUAGAACCACGGAGAGUUGCCGCAAGUCGCAAAGAAAACAGGAGCUGCCUCCACUAUUCCAGCAACAUUACUGUGCCUGCUGCAGUAUAGUGAUUUUAUGACAUUGCUGCUUCUAGGACAGAGAGAGUUGAAGGUGAAAGGGAACCGAUUCCGUUUGACUUCUGGAAGAGAAAAAAACCUCCCUAAAGCCUUUAUUUAUCCAAAAGUGAAACCCAGGAGAAUUGACAGAUGCACAGAGCGGUUCCCUUUAUGUUAGAACUGACAGAGACAGUAGGUGUAAGAGAGAGACAGAGUCAGGCUUGGUAAGGCUUGUGGAAAGUACAUAAAGUAUGGUUGAGAGGAGAGCGAGAUGGAGAUGGAGGAACCACGUGAGAAACAACAGAAAGAGAAUCACGAGUCACAGGUUUUAGAGAGGGAGGGGGAGAGUUAUGUCCAGUAAAGAAACGGAAUACGGACCCAGAUGUAGCAGACGCUUAUUAAUCUUCAUACACCCUUGACCUUGAGCUAGACCAGUCAUGUCCUCAGAGGCAGCUAGGGGGCGCUGUGGCUAGGCCCCUCUCACCAGCACUGGCUAAAAGGUGUGUGAACAUGCAGUAUGUGGUGGCGUUUUUAUUUAACAGAUUGACAUUGUACAUAAAAUAAUAUGUGUUACUGGGUGUUGAGUUGGAAUUUUUGAAUUGCACACCUGGAACAUCCUGCCUAUUCCUUGACUGCAUGAUCAAACUAGAUGGUUGGUAACUCUAUUCUCGAUACAACUAUUUUGCUUCCCCAACAACAUGUUCUGCCAAAUACUGUUGUUAGAAGUUUGGGCAGCCUUUUUAGAAUAAAAUGCCCAAGUUAGAGGUUUUAUAUUUUUCAAAUGGUGAAUUAAGCACAUAAAGUUAUAGUUUUACAAUGUCUUAUGGAAAUGGAUGUAUUGUGGAGUAUUUUUGUUUUGAAUUAAUUUAACCAGAUGCUGCUUGCUGCUGCUUUUUUGUUUUUCGGCAUUUUAUGGUGCCUUCAGGACUAGCCAAGUGGUGUACAUAUGAAGCAAAAGUAAACUGUGUUUGAUAUAUAACAUUUGAAUGGGCACCGUGUUGGAACCAAGUGCGACAAGACAAGACGAACAACACUCAAAUUUAGAUGCAAAUUACAAUGUUGUCGUGGAAUAUUGGGUUCAAACAAGGAGAAUAGUUUGCCAAACUCUGUGCUAUGGCUGUACGAUGGUUUGUGAGGAUCAAAAUGGUCAGUGUGGACGAGGGAGCUUUUGGAUCCUGAGGAGUAGUUCUGACCACGUCAAUCAGACAUGAUGCUACAGCCUGACUAUGAGAACAUUGACACUAUUCUUAUGACCGAAGAACUGUUAAAUAAUUUAUUUUAGAAUGCAAGAGACAAAAUGAAGGUGCAAAAAUAGAGCAACGAUUCUUGUGACAAAAAGGAUUAAUAGUCCAGAGAAAGUAUAUAUUGUCUGCAGGUGGCAACAUCUACAACAUAAUUUACACAAAGGGAAAUAAAUAAUACAGUAUUGUUAUCUGAACAUGGGCAGAUGUGUCAUCAUAUACAAACUUCAUGGACCCCCUUCACACCUGGUGGUAGAUUUCUAUUGGAAGAAUUUCAGAUAUGAUGAAUGUCUCGUUGUUUUGAUACAGCUUGUUGCCUUUUAUUCAAAUAUGCCCUGUCAAUAAACAUUGUCAUCCCCAGAA